UCACUUCAUAGAGCAGCAGCAGCCAGACAGCGUUACUGUGGACCUAAACCUUUAGACUUACAGUUUAAUACAGGUUUUAUCUGAUUAACCAGAGAAGCCCGUUCGUCUGACCGGCCCUGUGUCUGGGUCAACUAACCAAAGAUGGACUACCUAAGGAAAGUAGUUGUUUUGUUCUUAAUGCUCCAGUAUUUUGGUUGGAAUACGUUGGCAGGUAAGAUAUCUGGAGCAGAAGUCAUCAACUUUGGCCACAGGCCACCCACCUGGGCACCAUUAAUGCAGAUGAGUGCAAAUCUGUCUGAUAUUACAAGCAUCAGGUCCUUCUUUGAUUUUCGGACACUUGAUCCAGAGGGCAUCAUAUUCUACGGAGACACCAAGGAGGGAAAGGACUGGUUUGUGCUUCUGUUACGUGAUGGGAUUCCUGAAAUGCAGAUAGGGAAAGCAAAUACACUGGUCAGCGUGCAAGGGGGACCGAAGCUCAAUGAUGGAGUCUGGUACAAUCUGGAGUUACGCAGUGAAGGCACAUUUGUGGUUCUGGAAGUGAACAAAAGGCCGGCGCUGGUGGUGGGUGUGGAAUCGGAUCAGACAGAGGCUGUGCUGACAGGAAAAAUACGACUUGCUCUCGGAGGGAUGCUGGUGGACAAGAAGAAGCUUUUGCAUCAAUUCAAACCAGAGCUGGAUGCUUGUAUAAGGACAGGGAACUGGCUAAACCUCAGCACUCCAUGGGACACAGAUCCAGACUGGGAGUCUCGGCCUUGUUUUCCUGAGAUCAAGAAAGGAAGCUACUUCCCCGGGACAGGAAUAGCUGUGUUUAAUACAACUGAUCUUCCUGGAGCAGAGACAGAAGAGAAGGGAAUUACAAUUGAGGUCAAUGGAUCAUGGCAAGGGACAUUACUGAGUCUUCAAAGCCCUGGUUUUGAGUUUAUUCUGUCAGAGAAAAAAAACAAGGAUCUUACCAUGGAGCUAAAAGAAGGAUCUGAAUCUGGCAACACUGCUCUCUCUUUUGAAAUCACCAAGCUAACACUGACCAUACUGGAGCAUUCUCUAUUGCUUGAUGGUAAAUCAGUGCUCAAAGAUGAAACUAUUGACUUCCUCUCUACGUGGAGAGAGGGGAUGCUCUUAGCGUUUGGUGGCGUGCCAGGUGAGGUCAAGGAAUCAGAGAGUUCAAAUCACCUCCAAGGCUGCCUGGAGAAGAUUCUCAUUCAGGGACAGGACAUCGAUCUUGAUCAGGCCUCCUUCAAACACUCAUCUAUUUCAUCUCAUAGCUGUCCUGCAAAAGCAUUGAAUGAACUCACUUAAAGCUUGUACACAAUCUUUGUUACAACAAGCUCAAAUCUUUAAUUUGCAUCAAUGACCAUUAAAGUAUCACCUGUUUAACUAUUUUAA